UUUUAAAAUGUCUAUUAAUUCUCAUUCCCUUAAUUCUCAUCCAUUUUUGACUUUACUUUUAUCUAAAUUUGGACAUAAUGAAUUACCUGAAGGGGCAGCAGAGAAAUGGGCUUUAAGUGAAAGGUUGGCUAAUUGGCUGGAUUGCCGCGAUAUUUUGAGCUAUUUACGGGAUGAAUUUUAUAUUCCAAAGAUGGGGACUUUACCUAAUGGUUAUUUAAUUAAUUUAAAAAUAAUUAAAAAUUUAAACACCAAGGAAGUUAUUUUAAAAACCAAGGAAGGUUAUUCUAAUAAAUUAAUUUACUACUCACCCAGAGUUUAG